UGCAGAGGUUAAACCGGGAAGUGCAGAUGUUUAUAAGUUCGCGGAAAAGGUGUAAAAGGAAAAGUUGAUGCGCAUGCGCAGUUGGUAUGUACCGGCCCAGGGCUGAAGAUUAUGGGGAGGGAUGUUAGCGGAGUCUGUGUAUAGUGAUGUGUAGAUGUAAGUGUUCUAAUUCCCACGUGCAUGUGUUUAUAGUUGUGUUCUAUGUUGGUAACGGCGAUAGUGGAUGUAUUUUAUUGUGUUUAUGCGCGGCGUCGUCAGUGAGGUCGUCAGGUGUGGGAGUGACCUGCUGCGGUGUGUUCACGAUGCGUGGGAAAUAUAGGGGUUGUUUAUGCUUUUCCGCCAAAGACGAGGGCUGAGUAUUUGCCAGUGCUCAAUGCUCAUAGCUGGAGCUGAGACUCCUGGGCCACAGGUGCUUUUAUCGCUCAUCCACGGCUGUAGGCGUAGCUGCACCUGUGUAGCUUAGCUAGCACCGCACUUAGCCAACACCUGGGCCCACAGUAACAGUAUGAAAGGCUUUCUGCCAGAAUGAGCUCUUUAACGCGCUAUUAAUAAAAACGGGCUUCAUCAGUGUUCAUCUAGUUUUAAAUGUUUCAUUUUUAAUCACAACAACAUGAAAAUCGCCCCUCAUCAGAUCUGAAUACUUUUAUUAUCUACACAAUUUUUUUGUAAAUAUUUUACCUGUCACAAAAUGUAAAGCUGACACAUGACAGCUUAUUACAGAAGAGCAGCAAUAACAGGAAAUAUAUUGUCUCAGCAGCUCUGCAGCAUAACUAAUCAUCCAAUUAAAACAGAAAGAUCCCAGCCUAUAAAUUAAAAGAAAUAUUUAUUUUUUUAUUGGGUGCAAAAAAGGAUAAUAGCUUGUCUUAUCCAUAGGGACACAGCUUUGAUUACAGCCACCAGUCACUUUGUAUUCAAGGCUCAGGAUAUAGUUAAAGUACAAAAAAAUGAGGAUUAAAAGGCUUGUCAGCACUGACUAAUUACUCUUUAACAUCAGGUCUGACUGAUGAUUCAAAACUAAAAUACUAUAAUGACUUCCUAAAAUUCUGAAUGCAUUGGAUUAAUAUAAGGCAUAAAGUGCUGAAUUAUAAUUUAAAAGCCAUGCAGAAACCCAGUGUGACAUUUUGUGCCGGUCACAGACACGGAGGCUGAUAUUUGUAUAACUUGUGACCACACACACCCCCACACACAUCGUACAAUAACACUGCAGCAGUUACUCCCAGGCACAGUAGCAGCUGCAGAGCAUUUUUUCCAGCCUGUCCUUUGUCGAGACCAGCCAACCGGUCGCUACGCUGGGGGGAAAACUCGGCUACUCCUGUGCUUUUUGGAGUGGCAUCUGAUCCUGCCUUCAUCAUAAGCAAAGCUCUUGUGCAGCGUGCCAGAGGAAAUGUCAGACGCAACACAGGAACUCAGCAACAAGCCCUUCGCGGCCCAGUUGUCCAAUGUUUACCUCAGCAUCCUGGCACUCUUCUGCUUCAAGCUCUUUGUUAAGAUUUCUCUCAACCUGCUGACUUACUUCUACAUUGUCCGUGGGAACCGCAAGGAAGCUGCCCGGAUAUCAGCAGAGUUCUAUGACUAUGGUCAACAGCACAGAUCCUGGGCGGACCGCUCACCUCUGCACGACGCCGCCAGCCAGGGUCGCCUCCUGGCUCUGAGGAGCCUCAUUUUACAGGGUCACAGCGUCAACGUCCUGACUAUAGACCACGUGACGCCGCUCCACGAGGCCUGUGCCGGGGAUCACGUCGCUUGUGCCAGGGCUCUCAUCGACGCAGGAGCAAAUGUCAAUGCUUCUACAAUUGAUGGAGUCACCCCUCUGUUCCACGCCUGUACAGUGGGUAGUGUUGCAUGCACUGAAAUUCUUUUGGAAAAUGGAGCAAAGCCCCAGAGUCUUGUAUACCAUCCUUCACCAAUCCAUGAAGCUACCAGCAAAGGUCAUUACGGUUGCGUGGAGGCCCUGGUGACUUGGGGAGCAGAUGUGGACAUGGACAUUCCUCACCUGGGCACGGCGCUCUACACCGCCUGCGUCUGCCAGGAGCUGGAGUGUGCCAGGAAACUCCUGAGGGAAGGUGCAAAUGUUCAGAAAGGCAAAUCCUUGGAUUCACCUCUACAUGCAGCCGCGGAAAAAGACUGUACAGCGGUAGUGAAGCUGCUGCUGGACUUCGGUGCCGACAUUAAUGCCCGGAACACGGAGUUCCAGAGGCCAGUGGACGUGGCUCCACCCAGCAGUUUGACCGAGGGCUUUCUACUGCUUUAUGAAGCUACACCUCGACUACUGAGCCAGCUGUGCCGUCACUGCAUCAGGAACAGUGUUGGCCGCGACAGACUCCACCUUCUGUCCCACCUUCCGCUGCCGAACCGGCUCAGGAUCUACUUACAGUACCAAUGACGCGAGGCAGAAAAGGCAUGUGCUUCAAUGGGACUUUCAGGAAUUAACUCUGGACUCAAGCAGCGCCAUCACUUCUAUGAACUACCUUUAAUUUCAAUGCAGUGAGAGCAGUUAGACAGAGGAACCAAUGAGCUGCUUGGUGUGGCCUUCAUCACAUCUGAGGACGUGGAUGUGGAUGCAUGACACAGGAUGCUUUAACCAGAUAACUUUGUUCCCUGGAUAAGUUAUAGUUGAAAUUUAUGUUAAUAAAUGCAGUUGUGUUUGCUUUUUAGGUUUGCAGUGUUUAAAGGAUUCACAUCUUCAGAGAGCAAUGCACUUUAUAUGCACAGUGAGAUUAUGAUUAUUAUUAUACAAUAUAAAUGAACAUUAUACAGCAUAGUUUUGCAUUUCAUGAAUGGUGUAUUGCACAAUAAAGGAUAAUUAAAAUAUUUUAAACCCUA